AUGGAGUCACACAAGCAGCUUAUGGAUGCCGGGUAUAAUGUUCAAUCGUUUGGGACAGGUUCAGCGGUACGGUUACCUGGUGUAUCGAUAGAUCGACCAAAUGUGUAUGAAUUUGGUACUCCUUACGACAAGAUAUACCAGGAUCUUGUUAGUCAAAAUGCUGGGAACAUAUACGAACUGAAUGGUGUUAUGCAAAUGUUGAGGCGAAACAAGGACGUUAAGCCUGCACCUGAAAAAUGGCACUCCAACUCCUAUGCAGGCAAGUUUGAUUUGGUGAUAACGUGUGAAGAGAGGUGUUUUGAUAGUGUAAUGGAAGAUUUGAUGUUUAGGAUGUAUAGCAAUAAUAACUCCACCUUCCCCGCCGAUGCAAAUCUGAGCCUAAAGCGAAUUGUUCAUGUUAUAAACGUUGAGAUCAAGGAUGAUCAUGAAAACGCCAUACUAGGCGGAAAGGGAAUAUUGAAAUUGGUCAACAUGAUACAUGAUUAUAAGAGAAAAAAGCUCAAUAAGGAUCAAGUUGAAGAUGAGCUGGAUGUGUUAGUAUGGAAUUUCACCACUUAUUCAUACACGGAGUUUGUCCUUUCGCCGACAUUGAACAUGAUUAUUGGUCCUAAUGGAAGUGGAAAGUCCACUUUAGUUGCUGCUAUCUGUAUUGGCCUCGCAGGUAAGAUUGAUUUGAUAAAACGGAAGAACUUGAAAUCGAUGAUCAAAACAGGCCAUGAAAGAGCCGCAAUUGAGAUCACCAUUGAAAAUGAAAUUGGUGAAGAGCCAAUAGUUGUUGAACGAGAUUUCUCAGCAAAGGAGUCAAUUUGGUCAAUAAAUCGAAAAAAGAGCACAGAGUCUGCUGUGAAAGAGUUGCGGUCAAAAUUCAACAUUCAGUUGGAUAAUCUUUGUCAUUUUCUCCCUCAAGAGAGAGUUGCUGAGUUUGCUGGUUUAUCCUCAGAAAAGUUGCUCAUGGAAACAGAAAGAACAUUGAAGGACGGACAUCUCUUGGCUAUGCACGAGGAUUUGAUACAAAAAGAUACAAAAAGUCAAGAGUUUCAAUUGAAAAUUGAACAGUUGAAAAAUAGGCUAGAGCAGUUACAUUUGGAAAGAUCGAAAUUGGAAGAAGAGGCAAGAAAACUACAAGAUUAUGAAAACAAGUCAAAGGAGUUGGAAAACCAUCGACUAUUGAUCCCUUAUGCAAGAUGGCAAGACAUGAAAGAAAAACAAUCACAUUUGAAACAUAAAAAGAAUCAGGCUAAAAAGAGACUUUCUUUAUUUGAUCAAAAUUUUGCCCCCUUGAGAGAAGAUUUGGGCAAACUCAAACUAGAAAUUGAAACCCAAAAUACCAAAGUGCAAAAACUGGAAAAGGAAGGAAAUUUUAUCAAAUCAAAUAUCGAACGACACAAAGACAAACUACGAAAUACUCAAGAUGAAAUUUCUGCUCUUGUACAAAACUUGGAAUCCUAUAAGACUAGAACCGAGCAGAAGAAGCAAGAAUUGGAACAGGUGAGGAGUGAGAUUCAAAACUUGAUUGAGCAGCGAAGAAUUAUUGGAAAUAUAGACAAAACCGAAAUCGAGGAGCUCAGUGCCAGUUAUUCAGAGAGUAAAUCCAUUUUGCGUGAUCUUCAAAAUAAACUUGAUGAUCAAAGUCACCAAAUCAAUGAUUUAAGCUCGGAUAUAAAGGAUUUGACCAUGAAAAUGAGGAGGGAAGAAAACAGGCUUCAAGGAAACGAUAAAUUGGACUUAUUGAUGGCUGAAGCUAGUCGAGAAAGGAAACCGUUUAGGCUACGUGACGAUUCUUUCAAGAUGCAUUGCACUUUGCGAGAACUCGAUGAAUUUCGAGGUAAUUAUUUUGAGGCGCCAGUCAUAUCCUGUAAUGUGAAGGAAAGACAUUUUGCUGCUGCUGUUGAAAAAGUGGUUGACAAGAAUACACUUUUUGCAUUCACCGUGAGCUCACAGCUUGGCUACGAGUUGAUGAAUGAGUACUCGCAAAGAACGAAAACUAAUACCCCACUUCGAAAGCUUGCAGAAGUUCGAAUCCCUAAGCCAGAAUUUCCAGCUGAAAAAUUAGCUUCCUUGGGCUUUGAAGGAUAUUUGUUGGAUUACGUUACUGGUCCUACGGAAGUUUUGAGCAUGCUUUGCAAUAGCUCAAAACUUCAUGCAAUUCCUAUUAGUAGACACAAGUUGACAGAAGCACAAAUAAAAAGAUUAACAGAUUCCUCAAGUGGAAGUUUCCCGUUUCGAAAGUUUAUUAGUGGCGACACGUUGUUUAAUGUUAUGAAAUCCAAAUACGGCUCCAAACAAGUUUAUUACCUGACAGAGAAAAUUUCCAGGUCCAACUUUUUUGAGACUUUGGGUUUAUCUGAGCUGGAGAAAAAGACAAUUAAAAGUACGGUUGAGAAUUACAAGGCAGAAAUUCGAGAAAAGAAGGAAAUUUAUGCCGAAUACAAGACCCGGGUUGAGGGUAUUGAAUCGAAAAUACGCUCGGUGAAAAACCAGUUGUCUCAAAUUAAAGGUAGACAGCAGAAAUUGAAGGAAGUUAUAAGUAAUGCAACCAAAAUUGAAGGAAGAAUCACGAUAAAAGGGGAAAAAGCACAAAAAUUGGAAAGAGACGCUAACAAAGAUUAUACUCACAAGAUCAGGUCCUACGAACAGAGGAUCACAGAUAAGUACGCCGAGUUUUCGGCAGAGUCCGCCGAAAUGAGUGAGUUGUUUUGCAAAUAUUCCAACCAGCAGAUUGAAAGCAAGCUUUGCGAUUUUGAAAUGCUCGAGUUAAAGAAUCGGCAAAAGACGGCGGAAUCCUUAGUGGAAGAACUUAGACAAUUGGAGAAGAAACUCCAGCAGGACUAUAUCAAAUAUAAAAACGAAUACGAAAAGAUAAAAGAGUCUCCCGAGUAUGAAGAGAUGAAAAAAACAAAUGCACGUUACACUGAAGAAGAACGUAUUUUGAUUGCAGGAGUAGCACAAGUUUAUAUUGAGAGCAACACAUUUACCGAAUCUACUAUAAGAAAGAAAAUGGAACAUUUCGAGGACGAAUUGUCUGUUAUGUCCACCGCAGAUAGAGGCUCGGUGAACUUACUUAGAAUAAAGUUACAAGAAAUUGAAAGGGCAGAAACGGAUCUUCCCAAAUUCGAAGCGGACAAGUUUAAAUUAGAUGAGAAAAUUCGUUCAAUUUCAACUGUGUGGAAGGCCGAAUUAAGUAAAUUUAUUCAUCAAAUUUCCUUAGCUUUUAGCAAAAGGUUUGGAAAAGUCGGAAGUGAAGGAAGGGUUGAAUUGGUUGAAGGGGAAAGAUUCAAAGAUUGGAAAUUACAAAUUAUGGUUAAAUUUAGACAAGAAUCUGAGUUGAAAGUUCUUGACCAUCAAUCACAAUCCGGAGGUGAGAGAGCAGUGUCUACGAUUUUUUUUAUCAUGUCACUACAAGGACUAUCAGACGCGCCAUUUCGAAUUGUUGACGAAAUUAACCAAGGUAUGGACCCAAAGAAUGAGCAGAUGGCUCAUCGGUACCUUGUGCAUACUGCAUGCACAAAUCACAAAUCACAAUAUUUUUUGGUGACCCCUAAGCUUUUGACAGGAUUAUACUAUCAUCCGGAUAUGAUGAUUCAUUGCAUUUUUACAGGUCCAUUAUUAGAAGAGAAUAACGAUCGAAAAGAAGGCGGUUUUCUAGAUUUCGCUAAUAGGUUUAUAGCUGCGUGA